UACCUGCUCCUCGGCGUCCUGCAGAGACAUCUGCCAGUGGGUUCCAGACCAGCCGAGCCAACCUUGCUUCUGUUCCUCCGCAGGCCUCCUCACUGGAAAGGCAGAGCCCUGGUGUGGCCUCCUGCCUCGCUCACAGCCUGUGCCCGGGGGAGCCCAGCUUGCAGACCGCAGCAGUGGUGUCCAUGGGCUCUGCAGACCAUCAGUUCAACCUCGUAGAGAUCCUGUCCCAGAACUACGGCAUCCGGGAGCAGUGCGAGCAGCCCGUGGGAGACCCAGAGAAGCCCGAGGGGGAGCUGGAGAAGGACUUCAUUGCCCAGAGUAGCGACAUGCCCCUCGAUGAGCUGCUGGCCCUCUAUGGUUAUGAGGCGUCAGACCCCAUCUCGGAGCGGGAGAGCGAGGGCAGUGACAGCGCAGCCAACCUCCCGGACAUGACCCUGGACAAGGAACAAAUAGCGAAGGAUUUGCUUUCAGGGGAAGAAGAGGAAGAGACACAGUCGUCAGCCGAUGACCUGACCCCGUCUGUGACCUCCCAUGAGGCCUCUGACCUUUUUCCUAACCGGAGUGGACCCUGCUUCCUGGCUGAUGCAGACAAAGAGCCUAGCUCUUCCACCUCUUCCGACACAGAGGAGGACCCUCUUCCUGCCAACAAAUGUAAGAAGGAGAUCAUGGUUGGGCCUCAGUUCCAAGCCGACCUCAGCAGCCUGCAGUUGGACCGCCACGGUGAGAAACUCUAUGAGAAUGACGACCAGUUGCUCUGGGACCCCAACAUCCUCCCUGAGAGGGAGGUGGAGGAGUUCCUGUACCGGGCAGUGAAACGGAGGUGGCACGAGAUGGCUGGGUCGCAGCUCCCGGAGGGAGAAUCAGUGAAAGACAGUGAGCAGGCGCUUUACGAGCUGGUGAAAUGCAAUUUCAAUGCAGAGGAGGCUCUGCGGAGACUGCGGUUCAAUGUGAAGGUGAUCCGAGAUGGGUUUUGCGCUUGGAGCGAAGAGGAGUGCAGGAACUUUGAGCAUGGCUUCCGAGUGCACGGGAAGAAUUUCCACCUGAUCCAGGCCAACAAGGUGCGCACCCGGUCCGUGGGCGAGUGUGUGGAGUACUACUACCUGUGGAAGAAGUCUGAGCGCUACGACUGCUUCUCCCAGCAGACGAGGCUGGGCCGGAGGAAAUAUGGCCCGCCGGGAGCCACGGAUGCAGACCAGGACCUGGACGUCAGCGACCCCGACGGCACUGGUCGCCCCCGCUCGUCGCCGCCCCUGCCCCCUGCUGCUGACAGCCUGGGCUCUGGGCAGGACCCCUUGGCGCGGAUGCACACAGAGCCGCUGAGUGUAGACAGCGCGGCCGGCAGUCUCAGUGAGCCUGGGGAGAGCUCCGACAGCCUCCCGUCCUCCGAGCCGGGGCCUUGUCCGUUCCAGCAGCUGGACACGCCCCCAGCCGUGCCCCUGCCCAGGCGGCCCCCUGCCCUGGCCGAGCCAGCCUUCUACCCCCCGGCCACAGCCCCUCCAGAGCCCGGCAGCAGCCCGAGACUAGCUGUGGACUUGACCCUGCCCGGGGCCCUCCCGGAGGAGCUGCCUCUCAUCUCCAGCCGUGUGGACGUGAACGGAGAGCCUGAGGAGGCCGUGGCUCCGGCACAAGUGGCCUUGUCGGUCACCGAGUUUGGACUCAUCGGCAUUGGGGAUGUGAAUCCCUUCCUGGCUGCCCACCCAGCGUGCCCAGCCCCCGGGCUGCACUCGGAGCCCCUGUCACACUGUAACGUGAUGACCUGUUGAUCCCUGGCCACGGGUGGGCGUGCGUGGCCCGGACUGGACGUGGGGCCACCGCGGGGCCUGCCUCUGCCAGUCUUCCCGACCCCUCCCCUCCUCGUGGGCCUCGGGUAACGCCUCCUCUGCUUCAGAACACGGCAAGGACAGGGUGAGUGGUGGCCGGGCCGCUGCCCUGCCGCCCUCACACACAGGAUGGUGCCCUCGGUGCCCGGCACCACGGUCCGUGCUGUCCAGGCUGCUGCCCCCAGCGCAGGACCCAUCGGGCGGCCAGAGGCGGAGGGCCCGGCCCCGUCUAGCCAGCAGAGGCGAGGAAGGUGGGGAGAUGGGGCAGGAUGCUGCCCCCACCAGCAGCCUCUGCCCGGGGCACCCUCAGCACUCCGCUUGGCUCCAUCUCCCUGCACCCGGCAGGGCCACAGUCUGCCCCAGCCCGGGGGUCGUGGGCAGCUGCUACUCGGUGCCAAACCCCGUGGGGCACAGAGCCAUAUACCUCGACGUCGGCCCCGCCUGCCCUUGACCUCCACCCUGCUC